UUAAUGUUCUUUUACAGUUCCAUUCACUCUCUCUCUCUCUCCCUUCCUGCAAUUCAUUCUUCUAUUUAUAUCAUCCGAUUUAUAUCACACAUCAAAGAGAAAGAGAGAGAGAGAUUCUUGCUAAUAAAUCUCCGGUCGAUCCUUUGAGUUCUCUGAUCCUCAAGAAAUGAACAUGUCGAACUUCAUGGACUUUGCAUCUGAGCAGCUAUGUCAUGUUCCUUGCUAUUUCUGCAACAUUGAUCUCACGGUGAGUGUACCAUGUAACAGCCUAUUCGACAUAGUGACCGUCCGAUGCGGGCACUGCAAUAAUGUGUGGUCCGUAAACAUGGCAGCUGCUGCCUUUCCUUCUCUCUCUUGGCAAGACAUUCAGGCAUCAAACUUUGUUUCAUCCGACAACAGAGUGGACUUGGGAUCUUCUUCUAAAGGAGGCAAUAAUAGAUUUGCAUUCCGUCCUCAAGUGGCAAAUACGAUCAACCACAAGCCUGCUAACCGACCUCCAGAAAAGAGGCAACGAGUACCUUCUGCGUAUAACCAGUUUAUAAAGGAGGAAAUUCAAAGGAUUAAAACGAAUAACCCAGAUAUCAGUCAUAGGGAAGCUUUCAGUACUGCUGCCAAAAAUUGGGCACAUUUCCCUCGCAUUCAUUUUGGACUGAUGUUGGAGAACAACCACCAACCCAAACUUGAUCAGGAUCCUGCAAAACGUCUGGCACAAAGGGGUGGAAUGCUGAAUAAUUAGUAAUUAAUGUUAUAUGAUUCUCAAGGACAUUAAUUUGAGAAUUCUUGCAAUUUAUUUCAUACUUUCCUAUUAAUUAUUAUAUGUUUCUAUAACAUUAUUAUGUCUCGUGUUUUAUAUUUGAUAUUGUUUCUGUCUGUCUGUAAUUUAUAAAAAGUUUUCUAAUUAUGUGUUUA